AUGAAGAUCCCGUACAAUGUUGUCCACGUCAGUGGCAGUGUCCUAUAUGCCGCGCGGGGAGGAAAGAUUCACUCAUUCAGCCUGGAUGAUGGUGCUCACCUAUCGACAUGGAAGCAUCCCGAUGUCGACAAAGUAGAUGCUGCUGUCAAGGCCAUCUCAGAUGAGGCCUCAAGUGAGAAGCCUGUGAGCCAGGAGCCUGUCGCUGCCGAAGGAGAAGGCAGCGAUGAACCACCGGCUAAGCGACAAAAGGUUGAAGAGCCAAAGGAAGAAGCAGUCAAGGGGACCGAGCAAGAGGAUCCCGACAAGCAGGCUUCAGGGAAGAAGAAGGGAGGAAAGAAGAGUAAAAACAGGAAUCAGCCGCGGAAUAAGGAGCACAACAUCUCACGAGUUCCGGACCGCCCUGUCAUCACUCACUUGACGAGCACGAACGACGGAUCUCAUGUUCUGGCCAUCACAGGACACGACAAGGCCAUCUGGGUAUUCGAGAAUGACGGAAAGGGAAAUCUCACUCAGCUCAGCAAGCGAACUAUGCCCAAGCGUCCGAGUGAUGUAGCCAUUGGACCAGACUCCCAGAUCAUCUGCGCCGACAAGUUUGGCGACGUCUACGCCCUCCCUCUCCUCUAUGACCCCGAAUCUCAAGCCGCCACCUCUCAGCCCUCGACUCCUGGGCCGGCCAAGCCCGCCUACAAGCCUUCUGCCAAUGCCACCACCGUUCACUCCAAGCGCAACCUACGUGCUCUUAACAAUCAGCAGCGUCAGAUGGAGCUUGCGACGCGGACCAAGGCCGAAUCCGAGUCCAAGGCUGAAGUUCCCAGUUUCGAAAUCACUCUCCUGCUCGGACACGUCUCCAUGUUGACCUCGCUUGCCAUCGCCGAGAGCGAGGGGCGAAAAUACAUCAUCACCGGCGACCGCGAUGAGCACAUCAGACUAUCAAGAUACAUUCCCCAGGCAUACGUCAUUGAGGGGUUCUGCUUCGGCCACAAGGAGUUUAUCAGCUCAAUGACGGUUCCUGUCCCUCGAGGGGAUGUGCUCGUGUCGGGCGGUGGUGAUGAGGACUUGUUUGUGUGGGACUGGAAGGCUGGCAAGCUUCUGUCACGGAAGAGCAUCUUGUCUUUGGCUCAGGAGAUUUUGCCGGAUUUGACCAAGGUGGCCGUCUCGAGCCUCCAUACGUUGGUAUUCCCACAUGAGGGAACUGACCUUGUUUACAUCUUGGCCAUAUGCGAGGGCAUCCCGGCAAUCUUCUCAUGGCAGCUUACCCAGGAAAACACUCUCAACCACCCUGCAGUCAUCCAAGUCCCCGGUAACCCCCUUGGCCUCGCCGUCAAGCCCGCCAGCGGCGAUGAGUCGCCCAAGAUCAUCGCCGCUCUCGAUCCCAGCGACCCUGCAAAGGCAAAGAGUCUGGCCAUCUACUCUUUGACCAUGACUGAUGAGAAGCUCGCCACAAGCACAACGGCUCUUGUGAGCGAUGAGGAUGUCGAGGCUGCGGAGCUCGAUGUUGAGGAAAAGGUGGUUAAGAGCUUGCUGUAUAAUACGGAGAACCUAAGAAAGCAGUCGGAGCAGGAGGAAGAGCAGGGUGAAGCCCAGGGUACAGAGAUGAUGGCAGACGCAGAGGUUGCGGAGUAA